UCCCGAAUCCCUUUCUCCGCCCCAAUCCCGAUCCCAAUCCCGAUCCCGCUCCGCCCGCCGGGGCCGUCCCGGGGCGGGGCCGGAGACAAAAGGGGAAAAGUUUUCGGGGCAGGGAACAGAAGGAUCGGGAACUUGGGCAGCUCUGGGAUCAUCGGGAAUCUUUGGGAUCAUCGGGAAUCUUUGGGGUCCCCGGGAGGAUUUGGGGUCCCCCGGAAUCUUUGGGAUCAUCGGGAGCCCCCCAGGAGCCGAGCCCGGGAUGUGGCGGAGCUGAGCGAGGCCGCGGCCGUGCCCCCCCCAGGAUGAAGCCCCCCCCCGGCUGCCGCCGCCUCUCCCCCCUCGGGGCCGCCCUGGGCGCCUUCAUCACCCUCAGCUUCACCCUGGGGCUGCUGGGGGGGCCCUUCCGCCACAGGGCCCCGCCGUCCCCGCCGUGCCGCCCCCACUCGCACGUGGUGUUCCUGAAGACGCACAAGACGGGCAGCAGCAGCGUGGUGAACGUGCUGUCGCGAUACGGCGAGUCGCGACGGCUGCGCUUCGCCCUCCCGCGCCGUUACCAGUUCGGGUACCCGGCGCCGUUCCGAGCCGAGCGCGUGCGCGGCUUCAGGCCUGGGGCGGGCAAGUUCGACAUCAUCUGCCACCACAUGAGGUUCAACCUCAGCGAGGUGCAGCGCGUGAUGCCCAACGACUCCUUCUACUUCUCCAUCGUGCGCGACCCCGCCCGCGUGGCCGAGUCGGCCUUCUCGUAUUUCCGCGCGGCCGCCCCCGCCUUCCGGAGCGCGCCCUCCCUCGGCGCCUUCCUGGCGGCGCCCUGGCGCUACUUCCGCCCGGGCCUGCGCGGCAACCACUACGCGCGCAACCUGCAGUGGUUCGACUUCGGCCUGCCCGAGCCCGCGGGCCCGGCGCAGAUCCCGGCGCUGCUGGGCGGCCUGGGCCGCGCCUUCCCGCUGGUGCUGCUGGCCGAGCGCUUCGACGAGUCGCUGGUGCUGCUGCGGCACCGCCUGUGCUGGCCCCGCGACGCCGUGGACGCCUUCGCGCACAACGCGCGCGGCUCCGCGCGGAGCCUCUCGGCCGAGCAGCGGCGGCGCCUGCGCGCCUGGAACGCGCUGGACUGGGCGCUCUACUCGCACUUCAACCGCAGCUUCUGGCGCGAGGCCGAGCGCUUCGGGCUGGAGCGGCUGCGGCGCGAGGCGGCCGAGCUGCGGCGGCGCCGCGGGGCCCUGGCCGGGCGCUGCCUGCGGGGCGGGGGCCCCGUGCCCGGCGCCGACAUCGCCGAGCGGGGCCUGCGGCCCUUCCAGCCGCCCGGGGCCGGCGCCAUCUUGGGCUUCGCGCUGCGCCCGGGGCUGCGCGGGGAGGAGCGCGAGCUGUGCCGGCGCCUGGCCAUGCCCGAGCUGCCCUACAAGGACCUGCUGGACCGCCUGCAGUUCGGGGACACCAACGGCACCGCUGGGUAAAAAUCCUGGUUUCUCUGGGGAAAAGAAAGCAAAAAUCCCGGUGAAAUUCCCUUCAAAAUUGGCCAUUUUAGGGCUGAAAUCGUCCCCCGUGCCUCAGUUUCCCACUGGCUAAAAGCACUGAAAUUUGGGGAUUUUUCUUACGGAUUUGUACCUAUUUUACCCAAAAAUCUGGGAUAAAACCCCCAAAAUUCCAGGAACUUAGGGAUUUUCCUGUGAAAUAGUUUCCCCAAAAAUCUGGCAUACGACUCUCAAGAAUGCCAAGAAUUAACCUCGAAAAUCCCAGAAAUUUUGCCCAAAAUCUUGGGAAUUUCCCCCACACCCCAGGAAUGUGUGGAAUUGCCCCAAAUCCCAGGAUCUGGGGCCGUUCCAUCCUGGGCUUCGUGCCGUGCCCGAGCUGCCCUACAAGGACCUGCUGGACCGCCUGCAGUUCGGGGACACCAACGGCACCGCUGGGUAAAAAUCACAGCUUUUACGUGGAGUUUGCCCUAAAAAAUGCAAAAAUCCCCGUGAAAUUCCCUUCAAAAUUGGCCAUUUUGGGGCUGGAAUCGUCCCCCGUGCCUCAGUUUCCCACUGGCUAAAAGCACUGAAAUUUGGGGAUUUUUCUUAUGGAUUUGAUCCUUUUUUCCCCAAAAAAAUCUGGGAUAAAACGCCCAAAAUUCCAGGUACUUAGGGAUUUUCCUGUGGAAUAGUUUCCCCAAAAAUUUGGUAUACAAGUCUCAAGAAUGCCAAGAAUUAACCUCGAAAAUCCCAGAAAUUUCACCCAAAAAUCCCAGAAAUUUUGCCCAAAAUCUGGGUAAAAAUCAGAACUUUUACAUGGAGUUUGCCCUAAAAAAUGCAAAAAUCCCGGUAAAAUUCCCUUCAAAAUUGGCCAUUUUAGGGCUGAAAUAGUCCCCCGUGCCUCAGUUUCCCACUGGCUAAAAGCACUGAAAUUUGGGGAGUUCUUCCUAUAGAUUUGAUCUUUUUUUUCCCAAAAAACCUGGGAUAAAACACCCAAAAUUCCAGGAGUUUGGGGAUUUUC